CGUCAGUGUGCGCGACGCAACCCAUCCGACGCGACGAUCUUGCUGGGUUAUUGCGGCUCGCCGCUAUUGGGGCCUCCGAUCUCGGUCGCGACAGGUUGGUUCACCCCCGUCCGUCGAUAAGCGAAUACGCUGGGUUUAAAAUCACUCGUGACACGGAACGCGACUGUCGAAAUAAGGGUAGAGGAGGUCGAACAUCAACGAGAGGAGCAACCCUCGCCGGAGCGAGAAUUCCCACGUGAAAAAAGAGUGCAAUAAAUCUUAUUAAACCGGGGAACACAGAUCCGUAUUCUCCGCUCGUCGACCGGAUCCGCAGCACACGGACAGACAUACACACACCAGAGAAAGAGAGAGAAUUUCUUUCCCCCUGUAAAAGCAACGCGUACAUAAAAAUAAAUCCAUACACAUAUUUCGAAGUAAUAAUAAUCGAUCGAUCAAUCGAGUAAUGGCGUUUCUGAGAUCGGUGCCGAGGUGUUGUGCUAAAUCAAAGUUCGGGAGGAAACUGCCGCUCCUCCCUGUGACCAUUUUAGAAAAUGUAACCCGUCCUGCCGCUGCCGCUGCAGCUGUACAGUUUUCUCAGGUAGCCGGAAACAGCGAUUAUGACGGCGCUGCUGCCGCGAGGACUUCAGGAGCUGGCUCCUCGGCGACGGGCGGCGGUGGCGGCGGAGGCGGUGAUUCGACGGCGAAACCUGUUCCGAGGCAAAUUGAUCCCCUUGAUUUAAAAUUCAACGACCCCAUCGCCUCGUUCAAGAGCAAAACCACCGGCGAAUUAGUCAGGGCCUACAUCGUCUACCAGCUAUGUACAAUGGAAUUCAUCGUCGACAAUAACAUGAAGUUGAUGAAAGUUGCCAAUGCAGUGCUGGGUGACAAGUUAUUUGCAGCGUUGAUGAAGGCUACGUUCUAUGGUCACUUUGUGGCUGGAGAAGAUGAACAAAAAAUCCGUCCAGUUCUGGACAGAUUGAGACAGUUUGGUGUUAAACCAAUUCUCGACUAUUCCGUAGAAGAGGAUCUUUCUCAAGAGGAAGCCGAACGGCGUGAAGUUCAGGCUUCGGUAUCCGAGGCGGGAGACGAGAAACAGGAAGGUACGAUCAAGAAGUAUCAUGUGGAGAAAUCCUUUGCUGAUCGGCGUUACAAAGUCGCCUCUGCGAGGACUUACUUUUACCUAAAUGAAGCCUCUUGCGAACGGAACAUGGAUGUCUUUAUUAGAUGCUUGGAGGCUGUUGCUGGUGCCUCGAUGGGAGUUGGCAUCACAGCUGUGAAAUUGACGGCUCUUGGUCGCCCACAACUUCUGCUCCAACUUUCUGAGGUGAUAAUGCGGGCGCGUCAAUAUAUGACUGAUGUUGUCGGAGGUGAAGGUGCUGUCUUGGCACAUCACGCCAAACCUGACGACUUCAAGAGGAAAUUUGAGGAGGCGCAUAUUAGAGACGAAGCACCCGUACAAAAGUUUCUUGAAAAAAUUCAAGCAGAUAAGGAAGGAAAUGUCAUUCACUUAUUCCCAUGGAGCGGUAUUUUGGAUGAGAACUACGAACUGAGCGAGACUUUCCAGGUUCCAGACAUAAAGACUGGAAAAAUGGUCAAGUUAAUGACUCAGCUCACUCCUAAGGAAGAAGAGAUGUUCAGGAAUAUGGUUCGGAGACUCAACAAUAUCGUUUCAGUUGCCGAAAAGCUGGACGUUCGCAUAAUGAUUGACGCUGAACAGACUUACUUCCAGCCGGCGAUAUCUCGGCUCACUCUGGAAAUGAUGCGCAAGUACAAUACGAAAAAGGCCGUGGUGUUCAACACAUACCAGACAUAUCUGCAAGAUGCCUUUAACGAAGUCAAGACUGAUCUUGAACAAGCAGAACGGCAAAAUUUCUAUUUCGGCGCUAAGCUCGUGCGAGGAGCUUAUAUUGAGCAGGAACGAGCCAGAGCAGCUGCGAUGGGUUACCCAGACCCGACAAAUCCAUCAUUUGAAGCUACAACCGAAUCUUAUCACAAGACGUUCAUGGAAUGCUUACGGAGAAUGAAACAAUAUAAAGACAAAGGUGAAGAUCCUAAAAAAAUCGGUAUCAUGGUCGCUUCCCACAACGAGAAUACUGUGCGAUUUGCCAUCGAAAAAAUGAAAGAAAUUGGGAUAUCACCUGAGGACAAAGUCAUUUGCUUUGGACAGCUACUUGGAAUGUGCGAUUACUUAACUUUCCCUCUUGGUCAAUCCGGCUACUCAGUGUACAAAUAUAUCCCUUACGGACCUGUGAAGGAAGUGCUGCCAUACUUGUCCCGGCGAGCCCAGGAGAAUAAAGGGGUGCUGACUAAAAUAAAGAAGGAGAAGCGUCUUCUAGCAAUCGAGAUUCGUAGGCGCUUGUUACGUGGACAAUUGUUUUACAAACCCAAAGGAAACUACACCCCUGUUUGAGUCACUGUCGUCUCAAGCAUCGCCCAAAUUCAUUUCAAGUACGAACUUGACGUAGUGAUUGUACGUUGUUGAUCCUUCUCACAUGCUACGAGACUACAGCUAUUACAUUAAUAAAAAACCAACUGGUGGAUUUGUGACGUUUGAGAAUAUGUGAGUGUGAAAAUCGGUAUGGUAGGUUAUCUGUAUGAUGAGUUUCUUGUCUAAUUAACAAAACGAUUGCCCGACAGUGCAGUCAUUCAAACCAAUCGUCAAACACUGCCUCAGUUUGAAAUUAUACGUUACUAUCGCUGCAUCGAGAAAUGCACACGACUUCUCCAUGUUCCUUAAUCAGACGUUAUCCUCGACUUAUUUCACCCUCCGAGGUGUAAUCGUAAUUAUUAAUUCAAUAUCAGUUGCGACGGAACGAUUAUCCAAUAUGAAGACAAUGUAGAGUGGCUCAACUGUUUUUGGCAUUAACCAAUUUCGCGAGCACACAGUUGUUUUGAUGAUUACUUUUACCGAACUACAAACAUCUUACGUACUAUACACAUCUUUAAUCCUAAAUGGUAUAACUAUUUAUUGUUUUCAAUUCUUGCGUGAAAUCGUUUCCAUCUUUGUCAUCACAAUUGCAAAAAAGCAUAUCGAGGACUUGAUUAGAAUUUAUUUUGUCAUGGCAGUGGACAAGUUUUACAUCAUCUUUAGCAGGUGAUUGCAAUAGAUAUUUACACAACAAGCUCCUUCACGAAGUUCAUAUUCUGAGUGAAAAUAAAUUCAUGUAACAGAUAGUGUCACAGUGACAAUUGUGGAGGCAGAGUUUGGCGAAUGGUAAUUUUGUCUAAGUGUAUGUAGUACCUAACAGAUUCCAGGUCACUGAGAGUUGUUACGUUGUAAGAUGUUGGGAAAGUUGUGUUUGAGACACAUCUACUAUUAGGCAUCAUGUAUUGGCUGCAUAUAGAAGAAUAUAAUAAACACAAGAAAUAAGUUAUUUACAAAAUUGGAGUGGUGCCAUAGUGAGAAAUUAAUUUCGACAUGUAUAUAGAAUAUUAUGAACAUAAAUAUACAUAUAUGAUAUAUAUGUGUAUAUACUUAUACAAAGAGAGAUAAAAUUUAAUACGAAUUUAUUGAAUUUGCAAAUUGACACUUAUAAUUAGAUUUCGAAGACAUAACGUGUGGUAUUAUUUACGUAGAGAAAACAAUUUACAUCAUUUGAUUAUUAUUGGAGGAACGAUGAGUCUUGAUUAUUAUUUGUAAUAUGUUUCCAUUACUAUGAUAUUUUUCAAUCUCGAUUGAGAUGUGUAAUAUACUUUGUACGUCAAUGGUGUAAAUUAUGAUUUUUAAUCCAAAAGUGGUUGCUCUUUGUUUACCUACAUUUUUAUGCGUAUCAAAUUCAGUUGUACCUUUUCAAUAUUGUCGCCAAUUUUAAGUUUGUGCCGGACUGUUAAUGGAUUACAAGCCGUUACAAGAUCAUGUAUGCUGUUGUUGAUUGUAUUUUAAGUGUAAUUAAUGACUUGUUGUGAAAGUCGUUAGAAUUAUUGAUAUUGUAAUAUUUAUUUUAAAAUGUUAGGUUUAAUUAUAUCAAUUCUCGCAACCUAUCUUGGGUUAAAAAUCAUCCCUCUGUAAUGCGUAUAAUAUUAUAAACGUAUCAUGAUAAAGAAAGAUGACCAUGCGGUUUGUGGUACAAAAACUAAAAUAACGGAAGACAUAAAUAACUUUGAGUUGAAAAAGGCAACAACCAUGAGCUUAAUCGAAAAAAAUCUUUGGAAAUUGGAUACAUAAAAUUUCGUCAAAACCCUUACAAUAUAUUCGUUUAUUUUACCGUGUUUAUUCUAGCAUGUCGAUGGAACAAUAAAACAAAUUAAAAUCCGAUUAAUGAAAAGUGCUAUUCAGUGAACAAGACGUACUCACCCCUGAUUUAUACAUUUAAUUUCAUAUGCUAAAGUUGAUUAUUGAUUCAGCAUUCGUAUUACGUGCUAAUACUCGGAAUUAUUUCAUUCAAUGAUUACACCAUGCAUCUAGGCAUUUCAAUCAAUUCUUUGCAAAGGAUCUAGUACCACGGAUUAGAAUUGUCUGUAAUUUUUACCUGGGCAGUAUCUACUGCGAAUAAAAGUUCCGCCAUAAAACUAUGAUCUGUGAUCAAAGUUUUAGAAUGCGAAUUCAAAUUCGAAUCUUUUGAGAGUAGGAUAACUCGUGAAGUCAAACGCUCGAGUAAUUUUCACAUAUUCUGAAUGCAGACUACACGGAUAGAGAUUACAGAGAAAUUUAGGUUUUUUCCCAAUCGUUUAUAGAAAGUGUAAAGAUCAUUCGCUGCAACGACUACGAUCUAUUUAUUUUACAACGACUGUUUCAAAUGCUGAAAGAUGAUUUUGGUCACCUUUCAGCGUUUUAUGUCAAAUUUUCAAGUUUCCAAGGAAAGUUUCUUAUAGAGAAUUAAAACACGAAUUAUCUAUACUUAUGUGUUAUUUAAAAUAUAUUUAGAGCCCGCUUUGGUUUUAAAACAUUCGUGUAAAACAGUUUUAUCAUCCAAAUAUGUACAAACGUUGGUAGAAACGCAUAUUCAUAUUGUGAAACUUACCAGCUAUGACAUGUAACUCAAUUGAUUUCUUGACAAACGUAUACGUAUACGUAAUUUCAAAUUUGUUACAGAAAGUGGCUAAUAUAUAUGUAUAUAUAUAUAUAUAUAAAGUAUACAUACGUAUGUAUACAUACAUAUACAUAUAUGUGUAUAUAGAUAUAUAACGUUGAAACUGUGCUAUUAAACAAUUUUUGGUACAUAAAAAUGACCUGAUGGUUGAAUAAAGGGCCGUUGUUGAAGUUAUUGCAGGCUGUAGCUCGGUGUUUUUGUCCGUUUGUCUGUCUGCUGUCUGUAUAAACGUGACUGAGUAAAUGCUGAGGACUACGCAGGGAUUACGUUAUUCAUUUAUAAUAUGUCAUAAAGCAUACAUGUCAGUAUAAUUUAUUAGUAGCUCGUUACGUGACGAUGGUGAUGAUGACAAUAAGAUGUUUAAUCACA